CCAUGUCUCUCAAGGUCGUCGUCCUCGCCUGCGUGGCUGUCGUCGCUCUGUGCGACAAGGCCCGAAUCUACGCCCCUCCUCCCCCCGUCCACGCCCCUUUGCCUUACCACGCCUUGGAACCCGCUUACCACGCCCCUGAACCCGCUUAUCACGCCCCCAAACCCGCCUACCACGCCCCCGAACCCGCCUACCACGCCCCCGAACCCGCCUACCACGCCCCCGAACCCGCCUACCACGCCCCCGAACCCACCUACCACGCCCCCGAACCCGCCUACCAGGCCCCCGAACACCACGAGCAAGAAUAUUCUGAUGUCCCCCCGAAGUACAACUACAACUACGGCGUCGCCGACGCCUACUCCGGCGCCAACUUCGCUGCCUCGGAGUCUCGCGACGGCUACAAGACCGAGGGCAGCUACACCGUCGACCUCCCCGACAGCCGAAAGCAGAUCGUCAAGUACGUGGACAACGGCGACGGUUAUGUAGCUGAGGUCAUCUACGAGGGCGAGGCUCAAUACCCCGAGUACAAACCUACCUACAAGCCAACUUCUCCAACCUAUGCUUAAGUACUUAAGCCUCUCAUAGAGAAUUAUAUGUGAUAUAAAGCAGGGACAGAGAUUUUAUGAAUGUUUUCUCAAAGCUCAAAGAAUUAGCGGUUCGAAUUUCAAAAGAAACCGCGCAUGACGUCACCACGAGGAUGUUCUAAAGUGGGUUAGUCGAUCGCUGGACACCGAAGAGGUAGCAUCGUUCGUUCGAUUUUCAUUUGUGUGUGUGUGUGUUUGUAUACACAUUGAUUACAAAUGAGAGCCAUACAGUGAUAAAAUUUUACGGGUCAUUCUUCUAUCUCUCUGAUACACACACACACACACACACACACACACACACA